AUGGUUCUCCUCCUAGGCAUUCUUCUUGCUGUUUUGACUGUCUUUGUGGCUGUGGCACUCUAUUAUGAACACCCCAAGGCAGAAAUCCCUCACGGAUUUAGUCAGCGACAAAAGCUUUAUGUUCUUCAUUUCCUCAUGAACUUCGGGUUUGGUCUGGGAAAAUUUUUGGAAAGAAUUGGUAUCACCAAAGACAUCUAUUUGCUCAGGGUUAUAAUGGAUGGAAUACCGCCGUUAAAAGAUAAACAUCUUUUGAUCAAGGACUUAAGUUUUGAAAAGGUUAAAGUAAGAAUUUACCACCCAAAAAUGUCCACCACUGGCCAAAGAAGAGGAGUCCUUUAUUUUCAUGGAGGGGUUGGACUGUUUGGAAGCAUUCAGGCCUACGAAAGAACUUGUCGCCAUUUGGCUUGGAAAAGCAAUUCAGUGUUUGUGUCUGUGGGGUAUCGCUUAGCUCCUGAGCAUCCAUAUCCAGCCCAGUUUGAGGACUGUGUCACUGCCACCAUACACUUUCUGAGGACUGCACAAGAUUAUGGAGUAGACCCUUCCCGCAUCAUCAUCUGUGGAGACAGCAGUGGAGGAACGCUCACUGCUGCCGUUGCCCAAGCGCUGGUGAAGAGAAGAGAUCUCCCAAAGCUGAGAGCACAAAUCCUAAUAUAUCCUUUUCUCCAGAGUGUGGACUUUGAUUUGCCUUCUUACCAGCAGAAUAAGGCAGUUCCCAUUCUAUUAAAGGAACGAAUCAUUACUUUUGGUCUGAGGUAUGUUAACAAAGAUGUCAGACUCGUGGAAAAAAUAAAUGAUUGGUCUCAUAUUCCAGAAGACUUGAAACUGAAGUAUAAAAAAUGGGUGAGUGCUGACCACAUCCCUCAGGAGUUUAAAGUCAGAGGCUACCAACCAAGUCCAACACUCCCAAUGGCAGAAGAAAUCUCCGAGACGCUAAGGCUUUUCAUCGACCCUGUUUUCUCACCACUGCUAGCUGAAGACAGUGUUAUUGCUCAGCUUCCUGAGGCUUUCAUCUUGACCUGCGAAUAUGAUGUGCUUAGAGAUGAUGGACUGCUCUACAAGAAACGAUUAGAGGAUCAUGGUAUAAAAGUGACCUGGUGCCAUCUGCAAGAGGGAUUCCACGGAACAAUAUUCUUGGCAUUUUGGGGUGGGCUGGUAGCAUUCCGAUCUGGAGAAAAAGGCCUGGAAAAGAUAGUAAAUUUUCUAAGAUUGAUGUAA